AUGACCUGGAUCUGUUGCCUCCGAAACAAGAAGAGACUGCGAGAGGCGUACGAUGCACUCAGACACGAACGCGAAUCUGAAUCCCCUGCCGAAGAUCACGAGCCCGCACAAUACGUAAGCGCGAGCCUCGACUCAGAGUACGACCUCGAGAACUUUCAUCUCAAGAACACCCUCACCAGCCUGUACAAGAAGGUGUCGGAGUGGUCUCUCCCAAAGCAAAAACGGAAGAUGAACCUCUUCACGGUGAACGAGGAGGAGCACGACUUUUUGAUGAACGAUAUCGAGGCGGACAUCUUUGACGACGUUGUUGACGAAAAAAUUUAA